CAGGGGCAGGCGGAGCGGGGCGGGGGGGACCGCAGCCGGCGAGGCGUGAUCGCCCGAGGCCCCUCCUGCCUGCCGGGGAAGCCUUAAAGCACCCCGGCGAGGAGCGGAGCCCCGCACUCGGGAGCCCCGACGCACGGGCGGACGCGAGCAGAGCCGAGCCGAGCCGAGCGCGCUCCGGGACAGCGGCCGCCAUGCAGGGCACCGUGAGGCUGUGGGUGUCGGUGCUGACUUUCGCCCUGUCGCUGCUGGUCUGCCUGGGGACGCUGGCAGAGGCGUACCCCUCCAAACCGGACAGCCCCGGCGAGGAUGCCCCCGCAGAGGACAUGGCCAGAUACUACUCGGCGCUGAGGCACUACAUCAACCUCAUCACCAGGCAGAGAUAUGGAAAGAGGUCAAGCCCAGAUACACUGAUCUCAGAUCUCUUGUUGAGGGAAAGCACAGAAAACAUUCCUAGAUCCAGGUUUGAAGACCCUUCGAUGUGGUAAUGGGAUUUUCAGCACCCCUUCAAAACUUUUCCUAGUUUUCAGUUCAUACUCCACACCUCUGAAGCAAAUCAUAGCGUCCUCCCCAGUGCAUGCAGCCAUUGUACUGACUUCUGUAGAGAUUCUCUCCUUCAUCAUAUUUGUAUAUGCCUUUAUUUAAAUAAAUUAUUUGUGCAUUCCAAAAUAUAACAUAUUAAAUGAAAACGAACAACCAUGUCAUUGGUGUAACAAAGCAUUGUUUUAAACUAUUAAAACUGAAUUAUAACUUCCCUGUAGUGUGGACAGCAAUGGAGUCACAGUUAUUACAGUAAUUACUGUGUAAAGUAAGAUAAAGACAUCAUGUAUUGUGGCCUCAGACUCAGCUCAAAACUGUUUAAAAUAAUUUAUCACAGACUGCAUAACAUAGGAAAACAGUGUUCUGAGAGGCAGUUUUUCAGAAUGGCCAUCCUAAAAACUUUUUUACUGCUGAUAUUGAUAAACGUAAUAAAAUUAAUGGCAGUUUUGAAAUGCACAGCAAUAAGUCACUGCUUAAUUCUGCUAAUUCCUUGAAACUGGUUUGAUGCUUGGCUGUAAGCCUGAACUAGUAAUUUUAAAUGAAACAGAUGUAACAUCUUUGUUUUGGCAAUAUGCAAAAUAGCAGAAAAUAACAUCUAAAGUAACUCAUAAUCUUAAGACAAGAUUGCAAUUAUUUGUGCCAGAGAAGAGACAUCUAACAUUGCCUAAGGCCUUGUAAAGGAGCACAGUGAUAAAUCCCAACCCCUGGGCUACUUGCCCUCCAAGCCGCUCUCAUUUGGAGUUAUUAAUGGUUUCUGUUUGUAGUAUAAGGAGAUCCACAGAACAGGCACAAGGGCAACUAUCUCCAGGUCUACAUUUUCUUAUUUUUGGAUUUUAUAAAUUUACUCACUAGCCUAAUUGAGGUCUUAGACACACUUGAAGUUUUUACUCAAAGUAGUUACAAGAAUGGCAGCACCUUCCCCUUGUUUUUAAGUGGUUCUAGUUCACAGAUGUGUGUUGUGCUGUAUGGUCAGGACCCAGACUGUGUGUGACACAAAUUAUGGUCUCUGGUUCUGAUACACCACUUCUUUUCUUUAGACACUGACUAAAGAAUGCAUAAUAAAGCACAUAAAGACGUCCCAAACUGGAAAAGAAUCAGUGUGAAAGUUUAAUCUAUUUAGAUGUCCUUCCCACUAUUCAAAUGCUUUCAUGUGCCUGUUGCACCCAGGAGAGAUGCAUCAGUGCAACCACGUUCCAGGUUUCUAU